UUUAGAUUCACCAAUUCAGAUCGGUUUUUGACAGCUGUAGAUGGGGGGUAUAUUUGAAAAACUAACUCUUGUCUGCCCAAUUUUGAUAUUCCUUCCCGUCGAACUACUUUGCUUUGGUUGCUUCCUUCCUGUUAUUACUCAUUCACUCUCUUUUUAAGGGUUUUUAUUUUGCGCCUUCCUCCUCCACUUCGACUCUCCUCUCAUCUGUGGAACCCUCUUUUUCUCUCUCCUCUUCGAUUUCCUCCAUUUUCGAUCAUCAAUGGCUUCCUCCGACUCUCGCAAUCGCAUCACUGUUACUCCUCCCAACCAGAUCGCCAAAGAUUUCCCUGGGCUAGACAAUCCUAUCCCGCUUUCACCUCAAUGGCUCCUCCCUAAGCCAGGGGAGACUAAGACUGGGAUGUCACAAGGGGGAAAUCGCCCAAGUCCUUAUCCUGGAUACGGUGAUGGCCCAGAUGUCAUCAAGCCUCCAGGACAUGGUGAGGAGAUGCAUGAUAGCCAGAAGAAAAAAGAUGUUUUCAGACCAACUUAUCUUGAUCAAGAAUCUGGGCGUCGUGAUCGCUGGCGUGAUGAAGAAAGGGACACUAACCCAUUAGGUCGUAGAGACCGUUGGAGGGAGGGAGAAAAAGAGAUUGGUGACGGUCGGAAGACUGACCGGUGGAUUGAUAACCCGUCCAGUAAGAACUUUGGAGAAGCACGUCGAGUUCCAGCUGACAGAUGGGCUGAUCCUAGUAGGGAGAAUAACUAUGAUCAGCGCCGUGAGAGUAAGUGGAACACACGCUGGGGUCCCGAUGAUAAAGAGAUGCCUCAAGAUAAAGGGCAGUCACUUACAGCUGCUAGUCAUGGGAAGGAUGAGAGGGAUGGUGAUCAUCAUCGGCCAUGGAGGCCUAGCUCUUUGCAAAAUCGUGCAAAAGCAGAACCACCACAUCACCAGCCUCAAAUGACUAGCAAAGAAGGUCCUACAUUUGGCCAUGGGAGAGGUCGUGGGGAUAAUGCAACUUUUUCUGUUGGUCGUGGAAGGGCUACUUUUGGUGCUGGGAGCAUCAGUAACUAUUCUGUUCAUUCUCAUUCCUCAGGUUUUAAUUCUGAAAGAGGUGAUAAUGGUCAUGAAGAACCUUCUCCUUUCAGUUAUAAUAGGACAAAGUUGCUUGAUAUUUAUCGGCUGACCGAGAUAAAAUCUUCAAAUAAGAUAUUGGAUGGAAUGAAGCAAGUUUCCUCUCUUACUCAGGAAGAACCUCUGGAGCCUCUGGCACUAUGUGCACCUACUUCAGAAGAAUCCGUUAUUAUGAAGGGAAUUGACAGGGGGGAAAUAGUUAGCAGUGGUGCACCCCAGAAUUCUAAGGAUGGAUCUGCUGGACGAAGCUCAAAUGAUUUUGCUCAAUCAAGGCGAAUAAAACAUGGUACCAAUUGGAGCAGAGAUGAUGUAUCUCUACCUCCCGAUGAAGCCCAUGAUAAAGGUACAUAUGGCUCAAAUGUCACGAUGGAUGGCAGUGAAAGUCAUCAGAUGUAUGCUGAGAAUAGAUAUAGAGUUCCAGCAGCUGCAAGAGAUGAUGAUUCUUCUUUAAAGAAGGGUGAUGAAGUCACGGAUGACAAAGAUUCUGGCAUCAAGGGACGUGUUUAUCCUCAGUCGGGAACUCCCUGGAGAUCACCUUCGCUGGAAGAGCAUGCUCACUCAUGUGAUUGGUUUAAUAGUCCAACUGGUGUUCUCUCUAGAAGCUCUGACAUUAGCUGGACACAAGCACCAAAAGAUAGCUCUAAUGUUUUACCUGAUUCAUCUUAUGUUCACAAUGAACUCAAAUGGCAAGCUGGUGAAGAUUCUGCUGUCAGAAAACAUCCUGAUAUGACAGCUGAUCUGGAGCAAGAAACAAGGAAACUCUUACAACCUUCCCCGGAGGACAUGCUUCUUUAUUAUAAAGAUCCACAAGGUCAAGUUCAGGGUCCCUUUUCAGGUAGUGAUAUAAUUGGGUGGUUUGAGGCUGGGUAUUUUGGCAUAGACUUGCGAGUUCGGCCAGUAAAUGCUCCAAUUGACUCUGCAUUCUUCUUACUUGGUGACGUGAUGCCCCACUUACGAGCUAAGGCAAGGCCACCACCUGGGUUUAAUACAGCAAAGCAGAAUGAGGUAGCAGAUGUAUCUAGCAUUCCUGGUUUAAGUGGAUUUGGGAAGCCCCUUCCUGUUCCUACUGGGGCUGAUUUGCUUGGAAAUGAGCAUAGGCUUACCCGUGGAACUUCAACAGAAGCAGAGAACAAAUUUCUGGAGUCAUUGAUGGCUGGAGAUGUCAGCAGUUCUCACAUGGAGAGAUUUGUCUCAAAAGGACUGCAAGGAUUUGUAGGACAGACUUCGAGUGGUAUGCCUCCCCCGGGAGCUGAAAGUGCAGAUGCCCUCAACCUCUUGGCCCAAAGAAUCAACCUAGAACGACAAAAAUCAUUGAAUCAAUCUUAUCUGUACUGGCCGAAUAGAGAUGGAGCCCCUGUAGUUCCAAGCCCUGACAUUGUUAUGAACUCUUCUGUGCCACAGGCAAAUCUCCAUUCAACAAUUGGUGAUAUUCCCCUACAAUCUCUUCCUCAGAAUGUUGAGAUGAUGUCCAUUCUUCAAGGAUUGUCUGAUAGGCCUUCUAGUGGGGUGAACAAUGGAUUAAGUGGUUGGCCAAAUUUCUCUGUACAAGGUGGCAUUGAUCCAUUUAAAGAUAAAAUUGACUUGCAUCACGGACAGAAUUUUCCUCAAGUGCCAUAUGGAAUGCAACAGCAUAAGCUGCAGCCACAAAAUCAUCCAUCCAUGACAAAUUUACUUGCCCAGUCUCUGGACAACCCUACCAUUGUGCCUGACAAGCUACUCUCAGCUGGUCUUAUGCAGGACCCUCAAGCAUUAAAUAUGUUACAGCAGCAGUAUCUGCUGCAAUUACAAUCUCAACAGGCCGUCCCAGGACAGCUGUCAUUGCUGGAUAAGAUUCUACUGCUUAAACAGCAACAAAAACAUGAGGAGCAGCAACAGUUAUUGCGACAGCAACAACUGUUGCUUUCUCAGGUUCUGUCUGAGCAGCAGCUUGUUCAACGCUUUGGUGAUCCAGCUUUUGGACAAUUACAAACAUCUGCAUCACCUAUUGGAAAUACACCUGGUGACCAAUCUUUGGCUCAGCUCUCACCAUCAAUGUUCCAAAUUAACUCUCAAGUUCCUGUUUCUGGUGUGCCAGAUGAUAGGAAUAUCAGCAUUGCCAAUAUGCCUCCAAAACUUUCUCAGGAUUUGGGUCAUCAAGUACCUGCAGAGGGCUCUUCUUUGCACCUACCUCAUCAGAUGUUAGGAAUGCCUCAGAAUAACUGGCCGUCUAUGUCAACAUAUGCCGAUAGCAAUAAGAACCACUCUUUAUCAUCAGGAUCAGAAAUAAUGGAAAAUAUUGCCCCCUCUGAAGCAAUGGAGAAACCUUUGAGUGCUGCUGCAAUUGAACAUUCCAAUUCUGAUUUAAGUGCACCGUCUUUUUCGGACCAGGUGGUGGAGAGCAAUUUAAAAACAGCCCCACUUCCUACUUUGGCUGCAGACACAGGGAUGAGUUUGUCAACUGCUGAUUUUGUACCUUCAGAGUUUUCUGAAUCAUCUGCUAGCAGAUCCUCUGUGGACCCUCAGGGAAAUGAGAUAAAGCUUACAUCUGCCAGUGCUCCUGAGGAAAACUCUGUCAAAGAGAGUCGUGAAGAGCUAUCAGCUUUAAAAGAAGUAAAGAACGUUGAAGCACGUGAGGUUAAGAAAACUUCUGAUAAGAAAUCAAGAAAGCUCAAGUCUUCCAAGGCACAACCAUCUCAUGACCAGGUGAAGGGGGCUUCCAAAGUGUCUAAUUUGCAGAAAUCUAAGCAAUCUGAAGCUGAAGGAGCACUUAGUGCAAACAAGUCGGAUGUGUCUGUCACUGCCAAAGGUGCAUUAGAUGGAACGCUUAUGGAGAUGGCUAGGGAAAUAGAGAACACACCAGAAAUUGAGCUUUCUACUUCACCUAAUCAUACUGGCAGUGCUUUUGAAUCUAUGGAGGGCAAAGGUGAACAGAAACAGAGUGAUUCUACUACACAGAGAAGUGCUCAGGUGAAUUCUGCUCAGAGGGCUUGGAAACCAGCUGUUUCUGUGAAGCCGAAGUCACUUUUAGAAAUUCAACAAGAAGAGCAGAAGAGAGCACAAAUGGAGAUCCCUGCUUCUACUGUCUCUGCCUCUGUUAGUCCUAUGAGUUUCUCCUCUCCUUGGGGUGGAGUGGUUGCUCAUGUGGAACCGAAAGUGGGUAAAGAAAUUCACCCAGAUAGUAAUAUUAGUGAGCAUAUAGGUAAAAUGGAGUUACCAAAGAGCAAGAAGAGUGGGUUACAUGAUCUUUUGGCUGCAGAAGUUUUAGCAAAGUCUAGCAACAGAAGUACUGUGACUGACAAUUCUAUAAGUCUCCCUCCUUUACCAACAAUGUCUAGUCAGCCAGAUGUGGUUGAUGAUGAUAAUUUUAUUGAGGCUAAAGAUACCAAGAAGAGUCGCAAGAAAGCUGCAAAGGCUAAAGUUGCUGGUGGAAAGGUUUCAGCAUCAGUGUCUUCUGCUGAUGUGGCUGUUUCAUCCAGUCCUGUUGAGAAAGUAAAAAGUACUAAGCAUAUACAAGCUGUAAAGGAAGUAUUGCCUGUACCACCAUCUGGUCCAUCUCUGGGAGACUUUGUUCUAUGGAAGGGUGAAUCAACUAGCCCUUCUCCAGCUCCUGCAUGGUCAUCAGAUUCUGGUAAAUUUCCCAAGCCCACAUCACUGAGGGAUAUUUUGAAAGAACAGGGGAAGAAAGGAACCCCAGCUCAGCAGUACGCACCAACAUCAACUCCGCCAAAACUUAAUACCACUCAGACGCGACCAGGCUCCUGGUCAGUUUCAGCUUUAUCCCCAUCAAAAGCUGUAUCUCCUAUUCAGGGCAAUUCCCAACUCUCUACACAAUCCAAGUAUAAAGGAGAAGAUGAUCUGUUUUGGGGUCCACCGGAUCAAUCAAAGCAAGAAGCCAAACAGUCAGUCUUUCCUCAACUUGGCAACCAAGGGAGUUUGGUAGCCAAAAGCACCCCUGUAAAAGGAACUCCUGCAGCUUCUAUCAGCCGACAAAAGUCCACUGGUAGCAGGGCUGUGGAGCACAGUAUUACAUCUUCACCUGUCUCUUCUCAGGUUUCUGGGAAAGGGAAACGAGAUGGAAGUACUAAGCACUUGGAGGCAAUGGACUUCAGACAUUGGUGUGAGACUGAAUCAGUUCGGCUUACUGGAAGCAAGGACACGAGUUUCCUAGAAUUUUGCUUGAAGCAGUCCAGAUCUGAGGCUGAGACGCUUCUUGUAGAAAAUCUUGGAUCUUUUGAUCCAAAUCAUGAAUUUAUUGAGAAGUUUUUGAAUUACAUGGAGAUGCUGUCAGCGGAUGUGCUGGAGCUUGCCUUUCAAAGUCGGAAUGAUCUGAAGGCCUACAACAAUGGUGCCAGAGACAUGAAUUUCGACUAUUCACGUGGAAGAGACUUAGAUAGAGACGGUGUAGUGAGUGCUGAUGGGUCGACUAAAGGAGGGAAAAAGAAGGGAAAGAAAGGAAAGAAGGUGAGCCCCGCUGUAUUGGGGUUCAAUGUCGUGAGCAACCGCAUCAUGAUGGGUGAAAUCCAGACCUUGGAAGAUUAAAAGAGGUGCCCGUUUUGUAAAUACAUUUGUCUGGACUUUUUGUAAAUGGUUUUCCUUUUUAGGCCUUCUAUUCCUCUCCAUUAUAGAGCAACGUAAGCAGUAACCAGUCUGUCCGCCGCUUAAGCCAAUUUUGUGUACUUGUAUCUUGUAAGGGCCCUUUGUUUUGUGGCUUCACAUAGAACUAACAAGCUUUGGUAAACCUUUUUUGACCUUUUGGCCGCUUUGUUUUUCUUUUUCAAAAUAUUUUGAAAUUUGUAUUAAUAGAGAUAGCACAGCCAAUAGUCUUGUAGCCAUGACAUAGUGUACGUAGAUGGACUGAAAUUCAUGUUGACUUGUAUGCUUUUCAUGAAAUAUUAAUAGGCUAAUGUUAGUGACUAACUGUGCAGUUUUAAAUUUGU